AUGGUCGAUGAGAUGGGAAUAAAAAGACAAAGAGACUGGGAUGGCAAAGAAGUCGUCGGGUACUGUGACCUGGGUCACGGCAUCAUCCGUAACGACUGCGUCACCUUUGCAAAGCAUGCACUUGUAUUUUUGGCGGUGGCAGUCAACCGAAACUGCAAGAUCCUCCUGAGUUACGCCCUCAUCGAUGGUCUAGACGGCAACGCUCGCGCCAACCUGCCGAUGAAGAGCUGGUUCACGCAUCCAUCGGACCCCACCAGCAGGGUCCACGCCGUCUUGGACGCCUGCCAUAUGCUAAAGCUCAUGCGGGACCUGCUGGCCGAGAAAGGGUGCAUCAGAGAUGGGGCAGCUAAGGUCGUGGCUUGGCGGUGCCUUCCGGCCUUGGACAACCUGCAGCAGCAAGAAGGCCUUCAUGCAGCCAACAAGCUCCGAAAGCAGCACAUUGACUUCGAGAGACAAUAG